AUGGCAACAAAAGGAAAGAAGCCAGCUGCUACACCAGCACCAGCUGCAGCAAAGGAAGAUACAACUCCAGCUGCCACAACUACUGCCGCCGUUACUCCAGCCACUGAGAAGGAAACAGACUCAACUGCCGCCGCCGACACUGAAGCCACUACUACUACCACCACUACCACCACCGCUGCCGAGCCAAAGAAGAAGAAGAAGAAGGCCGCUGCCUCUGGAACCAAGAAGAAGAAGAAGGCUGCUGCCGCUGCCGAUGGAUCUGAGCCAAAGAAAGUAAAGAAAGCACCAACCGGUGAGAAGCGUCCACGUUCCGAUCCAUUGAUGGACAAGAACUCUUCUUAUAUCAACAAGAUUCUUGCUGAUGACAGCCUCAAGGAAGGUGCUCAAUCAAAGAGAGAACGUCGUCCAGUCACCAGAUCACCAAUCGAAAACCCAGCUGAAGAAGUACAAAAGAAGAAGAAUCUACCAAUGAAAUCAGGAAAGACAUUACUUGAUUAUAAUUCAGAUUUGGAGGAUAAAUUUGCUCAUUUGAAGGUUGAUGAAAAGGAAGUUUUAGCUGAUUUGCACAAGAUUAUCUUUGCCAGAAAAGGAAAGGCUGGUGAAAGUUUAAAGAAGAACAUUCUCGGUUUCCAAGGUUUCGACUUGAAAGGUGAAAAGGAGGAAUACAACACUGAAAUUCUUCAAGGUAGAAUCGAAAAGCUUAACAGAGAUGAAAUUAAGAGUGUUUUGAAGAUGUUAUUGCUUCCACCAAAACCAACAAAGGAACAAUCUGUUGAACUUCUAUUAAAGUAUUUGACUACACCAAAUAAAGUAGAUAAUAUCGAAUAUGAUGGUCCAAAGAAGAGAGACAAGAAGAAGAAGAAGAAGACCACCACCGCAGCAGAGAAGAAGAAGACCACCAAGAAGUCGACCACCACAAAGAAGACCACCAAGAAGAAAGCUGAACCAGCAGAGGAAGAGGAAGAUGAAGAGGAAGCUGAAGCCGCUGAAGAGGAGGAAGAAGAAGAAGAAAAGCCAGCACCACCAGCCAAAAAGGAAACCGGUAAGAAGAAGAAAGCAGAGAGUGCGGCCGACACCGACAAGAAGACCAAGAAGAAGAAAACUGCCUAA